AUGGGUAAAGUAAAUUCAAAGUCCAUUCGUUCCCUCUCAAAUCCAUCAUCUCCCACAUCCCCAACGUUGAAGCGUACCAAACGCCCGCGUCAAAAGUCCAACGCCAGUUCCACCACAUCUCAGGAAUCAAGCGCUUCCUCGGUGGACGGUACCACCCAGUGCCCGUCUCCUUCGUCGUCACAGGAAAGUCUUUUCGCGCAAUUUCGCUCAACGGAUUUUGACAUAUACCAGUACAUCGGCAGUCGAAAGUUUUGCAAGGGUGAUUCGGAUGACAUCAAUUAUAUCUAUCCGGUUGACGAAGAUGAGAUCGAUAGAGUUCAGAUGCAACAUUUUAUGUACAAGCAUAUCUGGAAUGGUAAUUUUUCGUCUCCCGUGGAGGAUCUGUUGCUCAAGGAGGAGACCACGGUGCUAGACAUUGGCUGUGGCUCUGGCGCCUGGCUCUUAGAGAUGGCCACCGAAUAUCAGAAUCCAAAGUUCACAGGCAUAGACAUUGCCCCUCUCUAUCCGUCAGAGAUCAAACCUAACAACGUCAAAUUCCAACAGGCCAAUGUACUCACCGGCCUCCCGUUCGAAGACAACACCUUUGACUUUGUGUACAUACGAUUCAUGAUUUUCGCCUUCUCUGUCAACGACUGGGAACGCGCCAUACAGGAGGCCGUCAGGGUGACGAAACCCGGCGGUUGGAUUGAGAUCAUGGAAAAAGACAUCUACUGGCACAACGAAGGUCCCUUCUGUAAGGCUGCUCGUACCGCAGUCGCUGAUGCUUUGCGAGAGAGCAAAAACAUGGAAAUCAUUGUAUCUCCAUUAUUAUCAAAACUGCUGUCUUCCGUGCCCAAUCUCUCCCAGGUAAAUCACGAUGAUCGUAAUGUGCCAUUCGGUGAAUGGGCGGGCAAGUUAGGCGGAAUAUACAAAGACUUGUAUACCUGGGGUGCCAAGAAUUUAAAGAAAUUCAUGUCAAGCAUUGGAUUCAUUGAAGACGAAUGGGAUGAUACCGUCGAUGUUUGCAUCAAGCAUUUGGUCGAGAGGAAAGGUUUUGAUAAGAUUCACAGAUUUUGGGCAAUGAAGAAUGAGUAG